AUGUUGCCCUUGAUUACACUCGAAGAGCACUAUGUCUCGCCUCAUGUCCGAGCAGCCCAGGAACACGAUGAAUUCGCCUUUUUCCCUCCCGCUCUUGUAAAACAACUGAACACGCUCGGCGAAGAACGUUUACAAGAUAUGGAUGCAGGGAAAGUGUCUCUUCAGAUCAUUUCUCACGGGCCUGGCGAUAUGCCACCUAGUGUAUGCUCAGCAGCAAAUGACGACCUUGCAUCAGCUAUCUUUGAAAACCCGACUCGCCUUGCAGGUUUCGCUUUGCUCCCCGUAAGCAACCCAACCGCCGCAGCAAGCGAGCUCGAGCGCUCCGUGAAAGAUCUCGGCUUUGUCGGUGCACUCAUAGACACUCAUAUCAACGGCGAGUUUUACGAUGACGAGAAAUUCUGGAUUAUGUUUGAAAAAGCACAAGAACUCGAUGUGCCAAUUUACAUCCAUCCUUCCUGGGCUGCAGAAAGUACUAUGGAUCACUACCGUGGGAACUAUGAUGAAUCUGUUGCUGUAGCGCUGAGCGCAUACGGAUGGGGCUGGCACUCUGAUACAGCCUUGCAUAUUUUGAAACUAUAUGCUAGUGGGCUGUUUGAUCGCUUUCCCAAUUUGAAGAUUAUUAUUGGACAUAUGGGUGAGCUGCUCCCUUUCCAGUUGGAUAGGGUAUUUGGUGUUUCUGCGAGGUGGGGAAGACAGAGGUCUUUCCAAGAUGUGUGGAAGGAGAAUAUCUGGAUUACGACGAGCGGGAUGUUUGCUCUUCCUCCGCUGGCUUGUCUUUUGCAGACUACUUCUAUCGAUCAUGUUUUGUAUAGUGUUGAUUAUCCAUUCUCGUCGAACGAGAAGGGACUUGGGUUUUUUAAUAAGAUUCAGGAAAGUGGGUUGAUUGCAGGUGAGGAUUUGGAGAAAUUUGCGUACCGGAAUGCUGAACAACUGCUUGGUGUUAAAGCCAAAGCGUCUUACUAG